UCUCGAGAAGACGUGACAAAGAGGUGACACUUGUCACUUCCUCACUCGGCCGACACUUGGCUGCACGAUCAUCCUCGGUGGCUCUUGGCUAAAAGGCUGCAUUUUAUGGUUUCAACUGGCUGUAUUAGUUCUGUGUGUAUGAGAGGGUCAUCAUCAACUUCAUUUCCCUGCUAAACUCAUUGGAGGAACAUCAGGUUAACAAGGACGAUGGGAAAGACAUUCGUGUGCGAUGACUCCAUGAUCAUCAAUAUUUGCAUCGGGAAGGACAGUGAAGGACGCGGCCUUGCGAUGAUGCCCCGAGAGUUUAGCUGUGUGUUCCAAGACAUGUUCAAGGUUUUUGCUUACAACGGAUUCCCAAAACCUCUUGGGGCAGCACAAUGUCUUGCUGGAGUGUUAAUUAUCACUCUGAAUCUGAUGAUCCAUCAGGGAUACAUUAAAAUGCUUGUCAUCUUUCCGGGCAUUCUGUUUGUGCUCUGUGGAAUACUGACCUAUGCGGCAGGACAUGUUCCCAACAUGCGUGUGACCAAGGUAGCAUUCUGUCUGAACAUCAUCUGCUUCCUGUGUUCCGCUGUGUCACUUUGUCUCUCCGUGCUCGACCUCCACUCAUUUCAGAGGUUUACAUCAUCCAAGCUCGAGCUUCAUACAGGAAUCAAGGCGACGGUUGUGUGCCUGCUUGCGAUGGAAAGCUUUAUUACUUUAUUUCUUAUCUACUGGCAGAGUAAAGCUGUUUGCAGACAACAUUUCAACACUCUGCCCAUUGUCCAGCUAAAACAAGAGAACUGAACAGGCUGAUGCAACUAAACAACCCAAAAAGAUCAACUGACUGUUUUUUCGUAAAAUUAUGAACACAUCAAUGUUGUUUACCCUAAUCUACAAUAUAUAUGAAUGUAUAUGGCGCCCUUUAUUCAUAUUACGUUGGUUAAUAACUUCUUGGGAAAGUUGUGUUUGUCUUUGUAUACUUACUGUUUGUAUAUGAAUGUAACUAUUUGAAAUUGUCUGAUCAUUCAAAACUAAAAAAAAAAAUAUUAUAGAACCCGGCAUUGCCUCAUACUGUAUGUACAAUGUUAGAUGCAAUUGAUUCAGAUUUUUUUAAUUUACAUAUAGUGUUACAGUAUACUGUAUGUUUUUGCACAUUUUCCUCAAAUUAGUGGCCUUCACUCUGAUUGAAGCCACGUCCCAAUUAAUGACAAAAUCGCAGCACCUCAGACAACUCCAUAAUACAAUAUAGUAUUCUGCGUAAGCAUAAGAAUACACAAUAUAAUGUGUAUUCUUAUGCUAUAUUAGCCAUCCAUCCAUCCAUUUUCUAUACCCCUGAUUUUGACUGACUCUGAGGGUCUUCAAUUAAUCCACCCUGCAUGUUUUGGGAAUUUGGGAGACAGCCGAAGAACCCGGAGAAAACACCCGCAAGCACAGAGAGAUCAUGCAAACGCCACACACGUCAUUCAUGUUUAGCACUUGGCUCCAGCUACGGUUGUUUUUAAAGUGCCACAUUAAUACAAUUUGGUUUAGUUUUAUCUGUAGUUUAAUUUAAAUACAUUUUAAAAUUAUAAAUGUACAUUUUUGUAUUUUAAUAAUGACAA